CCGGUUGGGGCUGCAGGUGGCCGAGUGGCACUGGGGUCGGAAGGCUAGCGAAGGCAGAACUAGCCGGUAGCGGAGCCGGAGCCGGAGCCGGAGCUGCAGCCGCAACCCCCGCCUGCCCACAGCUCUCUGGCUUUCGCCCAUUCCAGCCUGGCAGGAGGAGGGACCCUCUGUCCCCCACCCUCAGGCUCCUGGCUACUUCCCAUAGACCUGGCCUGAGGGGUGCCCCUCCACACCCACAAGCGCAGGUAGGAGCCUUGGCGGUACAGCGGCAGCAGAAGCUGGACAGAGCCCAGCUCUAAAACAUGGACGAUUGCUAUGGCCCAGGUCUGGAUGGCAUCGAUUAUGAUGAUUUCCAAUUCAACUCCCCAGUGGUGGAUCGAAGAGAACCCCCAGAGGAGACAGGCAGCAGAAAUAUAGGACCUUCUGCCAGAAUUGGGGUGGGUCUGAAGGGAGAGCUCAAGACCCCUGGCUCAGACAUCUCUCCAUGCACAGGCGAGGGCCCCUACCUGGUCAUCGUAGAGCAGCCCAAGCAGCGCGGCUUCCGCUUUCGCUAUGGUUGUGAGGGCCCCUCCCAUGGGGGGCUUCCCGGAGCCUCCAGUGAAAAGGGUCGUAAGACAUAUCCUACAGUUAAGAUCUGUAACUACGUGGGACCAGCCAAGAUUGAAGUGGACCUGGUCACACACAGUGACCCGCCCCGUGCCCAUGCCCACAGCCUGGUUGGGAAACAGUGCACGGAGCUGGGUGUCUGCGUGGUGUCUGUGGGACCCAAGGACAUGACGGCUCAGUUUAACAACCUGGGAGUCUUGCAUGUGACCAAAAAGAACAUGAUGGAGAUCAUGAUACAGAAGCUUCAGAAGCAACGACUCCGCUCCAGGCCCCAAGGCCUCACAGAGGCCGAGCGUCGGGAGCUGGAACAAGAAGCCAAAGAACUGAAGAAGGUGAUGGACCUGAGCAUCGUCCGGCUGCGCUUCUCUGCCUUCCUCAGGGCUAGCGACGGCUCCUUCUCCCUGCCCCUUCCCCCAGUCAUCUCCCAGCCCAUCCACGACAGCAAAUCCCCCGGGGCCUCAAACCUGAAGAUCUCCAGAAUGGACAAGACGGCGGGAUCUGUUCGGGGCGGGGAUGAGGUGUACCUUCUGUGCGACAAGGUGCAGAAAGAUGACAUCGAAGUCCGGUUCUACGAGGACGAUGAGAACGGCUGGCAGGCCUUUGGAGACUUCUCUCCCACCGAUGUCCACAAGCAGUACGCCAUCGUGUUCCGGACCCCCCCCUAUCACAAGAUGAAGAUCGAGCGGCCUGUGACGGUCUUCUUGCAGCUAAAGAGGAAGCGGGGAGGGGAUGUUUCUGACUCCAAGCAGUUCACCUACUACCCCAUGGUGGAAGACAAGGAGGAGGUUCAGCGCAAGCGGAGGAAGGCCCUGCCGGCCUUUUCCCAGCACUUUGGAGAUGGCUCCCACAUGGGUGGGGCUGGGGGGGGUUCUGCUGGAGGUUAUGGAAACGGAGGAGGAGGCGGUGGGCUCAGCUUCUUCCCCACCUCCUCCCUCAACUACGGCCUGUACUCUCCGGGGGCCGCCCCGGUGGGCAGUUACUCUGGGGGGGCAGGAGUCCAGAUGUCUGGAGAGAGUGAGUGUGCAGCCGACGGUGAGGGGGGGAAGCAGACGGCCCCCGAUCCCUCUGCCCGGCCCCCACCCCAGGGACCCCAGGCCUUAAAGAUGCUGCAGGAAGCCCGGCAGUACAACCUCCGCAUGUUUGGGCUCGCCCAGCGCAGCGCCCGGGCCCUGCUGGACUACGGGGCCACGGCGGACGCCCGAACCCUUCUGGCCGGGCAGUGCCACCUGCUGAGGGCCCAGGAUGAAAACGGAGACACGCCCCUCCAUUUGGCCAUCAUCCACGGGCAGACGAGUGUCAUCGAGCAGAUGGCUCACGUCAUCUUCCGGGUGCCCCACCUCGGCAUCGUCAACCUCGCCAACCACUUACAGCAGACGCCCCUUCACCUGGCCGUGAUCACAGGGCAGAGCCGAGUGGUCAGCUUCCUGCUGAACAUGGGCGCCGACCCAACCCUGCUGGACCGCCACGGAGACUCCGCCCUGCACCUGGCGCUGCGGGCGGGGAACCCCGGCCUUCUGCAGGCCCUCCUGGGCCACGCGGGGCCCGCCCUGCCCCAGCUGCUCCUCAUGCCCGAUUACGAGGGCCUCUACCCGGUGCACCUGGCGGUGCGUGCCCACAGCCCCGAGUGCCUGGACCUGCUGGUGGGCAGCGGGGCCGACGUGGAGCUGGCCGAGCGGCAAGGAGGGCGCACCGCCUUACACCUGGCCACCGAGGCCGAGGAGCUGGGGCUCGUCAGCCACCUCAUCACCAAGCUUGGUGCCAACGUGAAUGCCCAGACUUUUGCCGGAAACACACCCUUGCACCUGGCGGCCGGCCUGGGCUCCCCCACCCUCACCCGCCUGCUGCUCAAGGCUGGAGCCGAUGUGCAGGCUGAGAAUGGGGAGCCCCUCUGUCCGCUGCCCUCACCCCCAAACUCAGGCAGCGACUCCGAGUCAGACGGGGCAGAGGAGGGAAGCGGAAGGAAACACCGGGGUCACACCCCCCUGGACCUUACCCGCAGUGCAAAGGUUAGGACCCUGCUGCUGAAGGCUGCUCAGGACACCGCAGAGCCCCCCCUGACUCCCCCCAGCCCCACAGGCCCCGGCCUGUCCCUGGGGGCCGCCGCGCUGCAGGGCCUGGAGCGGCUGUUGGACGGACCCGGCGGCGGGGGAGAUUGGGCUGAGCUAGCCGAGCGGCUGGGACUGCGCAGCCUGGUGGACACCUACCGCAGCACGGCCUCCCCCAGCGGCAGCCUGAUCCGAAGCUACCAGCUGGCCGGAGGAGACUUAGCGGGCCUGAUAGACGCUCUGGCCGCCAUGGGCCUGGAUGAGGGAGUGCGGCUCCUGCAGGGAACGGAGCCCAGGGACAAGCUUCCGAGCACGGAAGUCAAGGAGGACAGCGCCUACGGCAGCCAGUCGGUAGAGGAGGAGCAGGAGAAGAUGAGCACGGUCCCCACGCCUGCUGGGGAGCUCUCCCACAGGCACCCCCAGGAGCAGGUGCACUGACGCCAACCUUGCCCACAGUAUGGGCCCCGUGCCUGCCCCUGGAGGUGCCCGCUGUACAGAUACCCCCACCUGUGCCCAUGCCCUUAUUUAAUGCCCUGAUUGGUCCUUUGGUUUUGGUGAAUAAAGGUAUGUGGGGGCUGGGGACCCAACCACCCCACCCUA